GGGGCUGGUCUUAUGUACAUCCUAAUUCCAAGAGAUAAAAGGCAACUGUCCAGAAACAAUGUCAUAGUUAUAACAGGGUGCGAUUCCGGUUUAGGCCACGCCAUGGUUCGACAUCUUAGUAUGCUGCCUUUAACAAUAAUAGCUACAUUUCUGAAUGUUCGAUCUGAAGGGGCGCUUUUAAUAAAAAGUAUAUUUGAGCAGAAGAAUAGGCAAGCUGUUUGCCAUUUGAUUGAAAUGGAUAUUGUUAAAUCUAGUGAUAUAGCAGAGCUUGUACGAUUUGUCACAGAAGUUCUUAAGAAUAAUCCGGGCUCAAAACUGACUGCCCUCGUAAAUAAUAGUGGCGUGAUGGCUUUUGGCGAAUUUGAAUGGCAGACAGAGGCAAUAAUGCAACAUCAAAUUUCUGUAAACUUUCUAGGAACAGUUAUGUUAACUCAUAGUAUGCUACCACUAAUUCGACAAGACCAGGGCAGGAUAGUAACAGUAACAAGCCAUUGUGGAAUCGAAACUUUACCAGGUUUAUCCAUUUACGGUGCAACAAAGAAAGCCUUAGCAGGGUGGAUGGAUGCAAUAAGAGUUGAACUGAAGCCAUAUGGAGUGAAAGUGGUGACGUUCAUACCAGGAUCUUUUGUAAUGAGCAGCAACAUAUCAGCUCGCCAAAAUAUGUUGGCCAACGAAAUGAGGAGCGCGAUGACUGCAGAGCAGAUGGCCUUCUAUGGAGAUUAUUUCGACAGAUACAACAACUACCUGAGCGUUUUAUCUGGGGAUAAACCAGCUUGUUCUUUGAACGACCGAAAUAUUAUAUCAACUUGUGAAAAAGCUAUGUUUGAUUUGAAUCCUAAAGCCGUUUAUAAAUGUGAACCCCCGCGAUAUACCUUAUACUAUACUAUAUUCCAAUGGGCGCCGUAUUGGAUCAGGGAUUACCUGGUCGUAAAAUUCAUGAACACCCCUACAUAUAUACCAGUCAGCCAAGCAAACGAUUUUCGUAAUAAAUAUAAUUUUGUAGUGUAG